AUGCAAUUAGUAUUAGCAGCUAAAUAUAUUGGAGCGGGUAUUGCUCUAAUUGGAUUAUUAGGAGCAGGAAUUGGUAUUGCGAUUGUAUUCGCUGCCUUAAUUAACGGAGUAAGUAGAAAUCCUUCAUUGAAAAAAGACUUAUUUGGAUAUUGUGUAUUAGGUAUGGCUUUAAGUGAAGCUCUAGGAUUAUUCUGUUUAAUGAUUUCAUUCAUUUUAUUAUUCGCUGUUUAA